AUGGGAUUUCAGGAUGGCCCGCCUGACCGUGUGGCCCGUUCGACCGUUGAUUACGUUACGUUAAGUCCCGGGACGAUGAGUCAUGACGGGAUUGUGAAGAGUGAAAAGAGAACCAGUGAUGAUGGGGUUACUGCUACACUGGCUGAGCAAGAAUUCCAUGCUGUAUGUGAGCCAAGCAGCUUAGAUGCUUUAGACUUGGGCCUGAGUGAGAGUGGGGUAGUGCAGGGUAUAAACCGAGGCAUCGAACCAAGAAUUCGACACCAAGUCCAAAUGAGCUUUGAUGCAGGAACUUGGAUAUCUACUGGAGCCAUUGCACUCUCGGACACAUACCUUGCGGGGUCAGUGUCCCUCAAUGCUCUCGUCGAUUGUAGGGUCACGACUCAUUAUCCCACCCAGGAUAUUCUGAUGAUUGACGCAGCCUUGGUACAGGGCCGGGCCAAGCGGGGAGCAGGACAUAGCACUAAACAUGAGGAAGUAGACGACUGUCAUGGAAGCGGACACCCGACUAAUGUAGGGGAAGGGGGAGGGAUCCCUGACCGAUGGGUAGGGAGGGAAGAGGGGCGGAAAGGGAGUGAUGCAAGCGCUGAGCGGAUAUCUCAUGGCGGGGAACACUCCUCGAUAGGCGUAGUUCGUGCUGAUGGUGGAGACAAAAAGGCUCUAAGCCGUAUCAUAAGCGCGGAAGGACCCCAUGCACCUCAAGCAGCCCCGAGGAAAACAGACAAGAAUAGAACGAAGGAAAGUGACCCUGACUGCGUGAAUGAGUUGAAUCAGAGUUCAAUUAGUUCAAUAAGAGCCUUCGUGUGA